GCGGUGGUGGCGGCGGUGGGGUGGCGGGAGCGGAGCGGCAUGGCCACGGCGGCUUCUAACCCCUACCUGCCGGGGAACAGCCUGCUCGCGGCCGGCUCCAUUGUGCACUCGGACGCGGCCGGGGCGGGCGGUGGCGGAGGGGGCGGCGGCGGCGGCGGCGGGGCGGGGGGCGGCGGCGGUGGCAUGCAGCCCGGGAGCGCCGCCGUGACCUCGGGCGCCUACCGGGGGGACCCGUCCUCGGUCAAGAUGGUCCAGAGCGACUUCAUGCAGGGGGCCAUGGCCGCCAGCAACGGCGGCCAUAUGCUGAGCCACGCGCACCAGUGGGUCACCGCCCUGCCCCACGCUGCCGCCGCCGCCGCCGCUGCCGCCGCCGCCGCCGUGGAAGCCAGCUCGCCGUGGUCGGGCAGCGCGGUGGGCAUGGCCGGCAGCCCACAGCAGCCGCCGCAGCCGCCGCCGCCGCCGCCGCAGGGCCCCGACGUGAAGGGUGGCGCUGGGCGCGAAGACCUGCACGCCGGCACCGCGCUGCACCACCGCGGGCCUCCGCAUCUCGGGCCCCCGCCGCCGCCCCCGCACCAGGGCCACCCUGGGGGCUGGGGGGCCGCCGCCGCCGCCGCCGCUGCCGCCGCCGCCGCCGCAGCCGCCGCUCACCUCCCGUCCAUGGCGGGCGGCCAGCAGCCGCCGCCGCAGAGUCUGCUCUACUCCCAGCCUGGAGGUUUCACGGUGAACGGCAUGCUCAGCGCGCCCCCGGGACCCGGAGGCGGCGGCGGCGGCGCGGGUGGUGGAGCCCAGAGCCUGGUGCACCCGGGGCUAGUGCGCGGGGACACGCCCGAGCUGGCGGAGCAUCACCACCAUCAUCACCACCACGCUCACCCGCACCCGCCGCACCCGCACCACGCGCAAGGACCCCCGCAUCACGGCGGCGGCGGCGCGGGGCCGGGACUCAACAGCCACGACCCGCACUCGGACGAGGACACGCCGACGUCCGACGACCUGGAACAGUUCGCCAAGCAGUUCAAGCAGCGGCGCAUCAAGCUGGGCUUCACCCAGGCCGACGUGGGGCUGGCUCUGGGCACGCUCUACGGCAACGUGUUCUCGCAGACCACCAUCUGCCGCUUCGAGGCCCUGCAGCUCAGUUUCAAGAACAUGUGCAAGCUCAAGCCGCUGCUGAACAAGUGGCUGGAGGAGGCGGACUCGAGCACCGGCAGCCCCACGAGCAUUGACAAGAUCGCGGCCCAGGGCCGCAAGCGCAAGAAGCGGACCUCCAUCGAGGUGAGCGUCAAAGGCGCGCUCGAGAGCCACUUCCUCAAGUGCCCUAAACCCUCGGCGCAGGAAAUCACCAACCUGGCCGACAGCUUGCAGCUGGAAAAGGAGGUCGUGCGGGUCUGGUUCUGCAACCGGCGCCAAAAAGAGAAACGCAUGACGCCCCCGGGCAUCCAGCAGCAGACGCCGGACGAUGUCUACUCGCAGGUGGGUACCGUGAGCGCUGACACACCGCCGCCGCACCACGGGCUGCAGACCAGCGUACAGUGAAGGCCGGGGGGCGCAGCGCGAAGAGGGCCGCCGCCGCCACCUCCGCAGCCGCUGUCAGCACCGCCACGGUCGCCGUCGCCGCCACCGCCGUCUCCGAGCCGCCGCCAAGAACCGCCACUGCCGCUGCUGCUGCCGCCGCCACCGCCGCCGCCGCCGCCGCUGCCGCCGCGCAGACCCAGCACCUGGCCCGGGCCAGUGCGUCUCGGCGCUCUCCCCUCCGCCCAAAGACAGGCGUGCCAAGGCCCGUAGGAGGGGGGAGAACGACUGGGGAGACACCGACCGAGGAGACUCUUUUUGAAGUCCAAGGAAGGAGGGACCAAAAAAAAAAAAAAAAUUAAA